AUGAAUAUUAAAGAAUUUUCUAAAGGAUUACUAUCUAGUAGUAGUACUACUCCUUCUCCUAUUAAAGAGCGUAAUAUACGCGCGAAUUUAGAUAUAGAUCCUGAUUUUUAUAAUACUUAUAGUAGUAGUAUUUUAGAAGAAGAAGAAGAAGAUAAUAGUUAUUCUUAUCUUAAUAGGAUUUUAGAAGACUAUCCUAUUACUACUACUUCUAAAGAAUCUAAAACUAUAAAGAGAGUUAGUUUUAACUUACCUAGUAGUAUAGAAACUAUUCCUAAUAAUUUAGAAGAUAAUAUAAUAGAAGACUUAGAGGUUAAUACUAGUUUUAAUAGUAAUAGUAGUACUAAUAGUACUAAAAAGAGAAUAAAGAACUUAAGCUUAGACUUAAUAGAUAAAUCUAGAAUAGAAGGCUCUUCUAAAAAGAAUAAAAGAGAAGAAAUAGAUAAGUAUUUUAAAAUAAAAGAAGAAAGUAAAUAA